AGGAGAAGGAAGUGGAGGGUAGGUUCGGGUCAGACCCACCCCUGGCCGUCCUUCGCGCUCGCAGCAGAGGCCGUCCUGGGCUCCGGGGAUUUCCUCCAGGGACCCGAGGUGGGGAGCAGCGGAGAGCGGGGUCCCAGGAUCCGUCUGGAGGCUGCAGGGACCUCGCCGGAAGGAGGGCGGGGAGCGGCGGGGAUCAGAUCUCGUGGAGACCGAAAGGAAAGACCCCUGCUGGCCGGCAGGGGGCGCUGCGCUCCGCAAAGGGACUCGGGCUCCCCCCUUUGCUUCUACAGUGUCCUCAGAGAACAUGUUAGCUGUGCACUUCGACGAGCCGGGAGGACCAGAAAAGCUUUACUUGACGGAGGUAGCCAAGCCCAGCCCAGUAGAGGGUGAAGUCCUCCUGAAGGUGUCGGCCAGCGCCCUGAACCGGGCCGACUUACUCCAGAGACAAGGCCAGUAUGCCCCACCCCCAGGAGCCAGCAGCAUUUUGGGACUGGAAGCAUCUGGACACAUAGCAGAGCUGGGGCCUGCCUGCGGGGGGCACUGGAAGAUUGGGGACCCAGCCAUGGUUCUGCUGCCCGGCGGGGGACAGGCUCAGUAUGUCACUGUCCCUGCAGAGUUCCUCAUGCCCAUCCCAGCAGGACUGACCCUGUCCCAGGCUGCAGCCAUCCCGGAGGCCUGGCUUACCGCCUUCCAGCUGUUACAUCUCUUGGGAAACGUUCAGGCUGGAGACUUCGUGCUAAUACAUGCAGGAUCAAGUGGUGUGGGCACAGCUGCCAUCCAGCUCGCCCGCAUGGCUGGAGCUAUUCCUCUAGUCACAGCUGGCUCCCAGCACAAGCUUCAGAUGGCAGAAAAGCUUGGAGCAGCUGCAGGAUUCAAUUACAAAGAAGAGGAUUUUUCUGAAGCAGCACUGAAAUUCACCAAAGGUGCUGGAGUCAACCUUAUUCUAGACUGCAUAGGUGGAUCCUACUGGGAGAAAAACGUCAGCUGCCUGGCUCUUGACGGUCGCUGGAUUCUCUAUGGUCUGAUGGGAGGAACUGAUGUCAGUGGACCUCUAUUUUCAAAGCUACUUUUUAAACGAGGAAGUCUGAUCACCACUCUGCUGAGAUCUAGGGACAAAAAGUACAAGCAAAGGCUGGUGGAGGCUUUCACAAAACAGAUCCUGCCCCACUUCUCCACGGAGAGCCCCCAACGUCUACUGCCGGUGUUGGACAGAGUCUACCCCGCGGCUGCAAUUCAGGAGGCCCAUGCAUACAUGGAGAGUAACAAGAACGUGGGCAAAAUCGUCCUGGAACUACCGCAAUGAAGGAGAAGGCUUUCCUAGGACAAAAUGAAUGAAAGUCCAUAGUACGCAGGAAAGAGAUCGCGUGUUAGUCCGGGCCACCCUGUAACCCACUGGCCCUCCCCUGGCCUCGCCUACUGAUCCGUGUAAAGCCGAUCUGAGAAAAUAAAAGAGUCAAUUUGA